GUAACAGAAACACACACGUACUUACCUUACCUAUCAAUCUUUUCUGCCUAUGUUUUUAUUCUCGUAACCCAAAGUUUCUAUGAUUUAUACAUAGAUAAUUUCCUAUCUGAAAUGAGUUAUAAGUUGUUACAUGUACAGGUGCUGGAAUUUUAAUUUUACAAAACAGGUUAUCAUCCACGUGAGACCAUUAUUAAUCACAACAAUUUUUAAACGAUUUUACGGAUGUACACGGUGAUUUCAACGCGAUGUCUCAAGAAAAACCUUGUCGUGUGUGUACAGAUUUUAAAACAUGGGCAAAGAUUCAAAAAAAGACUUUCGAAUCCGAAAAGGUACAGGAAUCUGAGAAGAAGCAGGAGAAAAGUUCAUCCUUAAGUAAUAGACGCGACGAUUGUCCUUUAGAUAAAGAUGAAUUAGGUUCAAGGACAUGGUCAUUUUUACAUACUAUGGCAGCAUAUUAUCCUGAUCAUCCAAACGAAGAACAACAGUCAGAUAUAACAAAGUUUUUUUAUACAUUUUCCAAAUUUUAUCCCUGUUACGUAUGUGCACAAGAUUUGCAAGAACAAUUGAAACACUAUCCACCACAGACUGACUCGCAGAAAAAGCUGAGUCGUUGGCUUUGUAAUAUACAUAAUGAAAUAAACAGGAAACUUGGAAAGCCAAAGUUUGAUUGUAAUUUUGUUGACCAAAGAUGGCGAGACGGCUGGUUGGACGGUUCGUGCGACUGAUAGUAAAUAGU